ACUUGUUGACUGAAAUGUUUUAUCAUUUCCUCAUGUGCAGUCAUCAAGGACUAUGCUCUCCUAUAUAAACGAGGAUUAAGAAUGAUAGUCACUCAGUUUGUGCUGUGCUAAAAAGGAGUCGAAAGGGCAAAAACCAAGAAGAAUGAGAAAGUAAAGGGUAGCCAGAGAAACUGGAUUGUUUUCUAUUCGUGAGACAAGCGUGAGGGGAAACAGCCAGAUGGAGCAUAUGAGCUUGCAAGCAGAAGAGGGGGUUAAGAGGAAUGCCCUUAAGAAAUAUAAGAUACUUUGUGCUGUUCUUUUGGCUUGUCUUGUGAUUGUGGCUCUAGGACUAGGUUUGGGACUUGGACUAAAGAAACCGGUACAAGUGAGCUGUAGAUUCAGAUGCUUUGAAAAAUCAGAUACAACGACUGCCGGCUGUAGCUGUGAUGACAGAUGUAAAGAACGUCAGGCCUGCUGCUGGGAUUACGAGGAAGCCUGUGUCAUACCAACUCAAAGCUGGUCUUGCUCUAAAGCACGCUGUGGUGAGACACGGAUGCCCAGAACCCUCUGCUCCUGUUCUGAGGACUGCUUGCAGAAAAAAGAUUGUUGCACAGACUACAAAAGCAUUUGCAAAGGCGAAACACCUUGGCAAAAUGAAGAAUGUGCUUCUUUAAAUGCUGCUCAUUGCCCAUCAGGAUUUGAUCGGUCGCCACUCAUUCUUUUUUCCAUGGAUGGCUUUAGGGCGGAAUACUUGGAAACAUGGAGUGCUUUACUGCCAAACAUUGAAAAACUCAAAAAAUGUGGAACAUAUACAAAGUACAUGAGAGCUGCUUACCCAACCAAAACUUUCACAAAUCAUUACACGAUAGUUACAGGUUUAUAUCCAGAAUCCCACGGCAUAAUUGACAACAAUAUGUAUGAUGUAAACUUAAACCAGAACUUCUCACUUUCUGGGACUGCGAAAUCAAAUCCUGCCUGGUGGAGUGGACAACCAAUCUGGCAUACAGCAAUGUACCAAGGAUUGAAAGCUGCCACCUACUUUUGGCCUGGUUCUGAUGUAAAAAUCAAUGAAACAUUCCCUAAUAUAUAUGUGGUAUAUAAUGGAUCAGUUGCAUUUGAAGCAAGAGUUUCAGAAUUGCUGAGAUGGCUUGAUCGGCCCAAGUCUGAGAGGCCCGAUUUCUAUACAUUGUAUAUUGAGGAACCUGACAAAGCUGGACACUCGUAUGGACCAGUUAGUGGAGGAACCAUUAAGGCCUUGCAGUUGGCAGACCGGACCCUGGGAAUGUUAAUGGAAGGUCUAAAACAGAGAAACCUACACAACUGUGUCAACCUCAUAGUUCUGGCUGAUCAUGGCAUGGAUAAGACAUUCUGCAACCAGAUGGAAUUUAUGACAGAUUAUUUUGAUAAAAUUGAUUUUUAUAUGUAUGAAGGGCCAGCACCUCGUAUCCGAGCAAGAAAUAUUCCAAAAGACUUCUUUACCUUUGAUUCAGAAGGAAUUGUUAAAAACCUUACAUGCCGAAAACCAGAUCAGCACUUCAAAGCCUACUUGACUCGAGACUUACCAAAGCGAUUACAUUAUGUCAACAACAUCCGUAUUGACAAAGUUCAUCUUAUGGUGGAUCGGCAAUGGUUGGCUGUGAGGUCUAAAAAAUAUACAUUUUGUGAUGGUGGAAACCAUGGCUAUGACAAUGAAUUCAAAAGUAUGGAGGCUGUCUUUGUGGCCCAUGGGCCAGGAUUUAAAGAAGAAACUGAAGUGCAGCCUUUUGAAAAUAUUGAGGUUUACAAUUUAAUGUGUGAUUUGCUUAAAAUUAAACCAGCCCCAAACAAUGGAACACACGGAAGCCUGAAUCAUCUUCUGAAGGUUCCUUUCUAUAGUCCAUCGCAUGAAGGGGAAGUUUCACCUCCAUCUUCAUGCCCCUUUAGCUCCUCUGUACCUUCCCAAACCUUAGGAUGCAGUUGCAAUUCCAUAAUAAAUGUAGAAGCAGUGAAUCAAAGACUAAACCUCGACAAUCAAGCAAAAACAGAAUCCGAAUCUUAUAAUUUGCCUUAUGGUAGACCUCGUGUUCUCCAGAAGGAGAGCACUUAUUGCCUACUUCACCAGAAUCAAUAUGUGAAUGGCUACAGUCAAAAUAUCCUGAUGCCACUGUGGAGUUCAUAUACAGUCAGCAAAUCACCGGCCAAUGCACCUUCUCUCCCUCCCACUGCUCCAGACUGUCUGCGGCCUGAUGUUCGAAUCCCUGCAGCUCAGAGCCAAAACUGCUCCAACUACCAGCCAGACCUGAACAACAUCACCCACGGCUUCCUCUACCCUCCCAACUUCAAUUCAUCUAAUUUGGAACAAUAUGAUGCUUUACUUACCAGCAAUAUUGUCCCCAUGUAUAAAGAAUUUCAAAGAUUAUGGGACUAUUUCCAUAAUACUUUACUUCCAAAAUACGUUGCGGAGAGGAAUGGACUGAAUGUGAUCAGUGGGCCUAUUUUUGAUUAUAAUGCUGAUGGACAUUUUGAUUCAUUGGAUAUUAUUGCACAGAACAUGACCAGCCUGCAGAUCCCCAUCCCAACCCAUUAUUUUGUUGUGCUGACGAGUUGUGAGAAUCAGACCAACACGCCUCUGAACUGUCCGGGCUCACUGAAGGUCUUGUCUUUUGUUCUUCCUCAUCGGCCGGACAAUUCUGAAAGCUGUGCUGAAAAUCUGCCGGAGCAUCAGUGGGUUGAAGAGAGAAUGCAAACCCAUACAGCCCGGGUCCGUGAUGUAGAGCUUCUGACAGGUUUGGAUUUUUACCAAGAGAGAAAUCAACCUCUCCCUGAAAUUCUGCAACUGAAGACAUUUCUACCAACAUUUGAAACUCUAAUUUACUGAAUGUGUGUCCAUGUGCACAUGUAGUUUACUUGAAAGCAACAUUUUGGGUCCUUCUUGAUAGGUAUCUGCUGAUGCUAUCAAUCAAAAGACACUGUCAAAUCAUUGCAUCUUUUUCUCUUUAAUUUAUUUUUGUGGCAAGAGAAAAAAAACAGAAGCUAUGGGAGGUUUUACAAGUAGAAGAUAAUGAUGUCUGUGGAAUAAAUGUGGAAGACAAUUGCACAAUAAAAGUGUCACCUGGAGACACCCAGAACAAAAAAGCUCCCUCUUUGCUAGCUCAGUAAACCUAUUGGACUCAUACAUCUAUUUCUGAUCAUUAGCUGGUUAAGACAAAUAAACAAAGACAGAAGGAAAAUUCUUCUCUCAAAGGAAAAAGUCCUUUCCAAAUUCCUACAUUCUUCAAGUUUUAUCCAGUUUGUCCUUUCCUCAUUCCUGCCUCUCUCCCUCUCUCUUCCCACCCCUGCUUCCUCUGUUUCAUAAUACCAGGACUUCUGACCACAUACAACUACUAUCAUAUAUAAUCUGACACAAAGAUCAUAAGACUGCUGUACAUUUUAAAAGCUCAUAAAAUAAUAAAGAUAGCUGGAAUUACAAAGAAUAACAAAUGCUGUGCAUGUUUCCAUCUUUGCAUCAUCACGUCAUCAUCAUUCUGCAAUUUAUGUUGGAGACUGAAGCUGUUCCUUCUUUCUGGGGUUUGUAAAGACAGCCAGAGUGUGCCCAGGCAAAGCUGUGCAUCUGAUCAAUGGUCAUAGGAAAGGAGAUGUACCCAUGAGCCACUUUCUAGCUGCUCUAACAUACCCAGGAAGGAAGUGGAAAAGAGGGGGCAGCUUUCACAGGUAUGGCACAAAUAUGAUGGCUUAGAUGUGUAUUCUGUCAGGGUGCUUGUUGGAUCACACCCAAGCGCCUGUGCUCUGCUGAAUCUAAAGAAAAUCUGAGUUUCCAGAAAAGAAACAACCAGCCACAUCAAACAAUUGGAAUAUUGUAAUUGCUUUUUUAACAUGCCUGAAAUCAAAAUGCAUUUUCUUAUACAAUAGCAGAAGGUUAAAGGUAAAAGUUUCCCCUUGACAUUGAGUCUAGUCAUAUCCAGCUUUGGGGGUGGUGCUUAUUUCCAUUUUUAAGCCGAAGAGCCGGACGCCUCCUAGGUCAUGUGGCCGGCAUGACUGCAUGGAGCACCAUUACCUUCCCACUUGAGCG